UCAGAAAAUAUCAACGAGCUGACUUCAUCUAAGAUUUGCCCAUAUCAAUGCAGUGAAUGCCAGAAAAAGUUUUCACAUUUACAAAAUCUUAUAAAACAUAAAAAAAUUCAUGCAAAAGACAGUGAUAUUGGAAAAAAGCAACAAAACUUCAAGUGCAGUUUGUGUAACUACGAAAAUUCUAUAAAAUCCAAUUUAAUUCUUCAUUUCGAAGAAUAUCAUGCGAUUAAAAUAGAGCAACAAGAUCUUCACUUUUCUAGUGAACUAGAAUUUCAAAAAUGGAAAACUGACAUGGAAAAAAAAGAAUUUUCUUCAUAUGUCACAUACAGUCAUCCAUAUAUGACUGCAGAGGGCAUUAAGAAACAGAGUUAUAUUUGCCAUCGUUCAGGUUUUUAUGUGAAAAAGGGUAAGGAUAUGCGAUAUUUAAAAACCAAAGGAAGCAGAAAAAUUAAUGGAAUAUGUCCUUCUCGAUUGAAAGUUUGUAUUUUACCAGAAAAUGGCAAUGUUAAAAUUAAUUUUAUACAAACUCACAUUGGUCAUGACAAUGACUUGGGUCAUUUGAAUAUUACUAAAAAUGAAAAAAUAGAAAUAGCUAGUAAAAUUGCUUCGAAAAUUCCUCUUGUUUCCAUAUUAGAUGAGAUUAGAGAUUCUGUAACUAAUAAUAAGUUGGAAAGGAUGCAUAUCUUAACAAGAAAAGAUCUUCAUAAUAUAUCACAAACUUUUAAUUUAAAUUCUGAUGGAAUUCGCCAUAAAAAUGAAGUUAUAAGUAUUGAAUCCUGGAUUGAAGAAGCCAAGAAUAGUGGAAUAAUUUUAUAUUACAAGCCACAAGGGGCUUUAUGUAAUGAUUUUCCUUGUUUAAAAAAUGAAGAUUUUCUGUUAAUUGUUAUGCAUCCUGGUCAACUGGAAGUGUUAGACAAAUACUCAGAAGAUGUAAUUUGUAUCGACGGAACACAUGGACUUAAUGCUCAUGAUUUUGAACUUACUACAUUGUUAAUAUUGGAUGAUAUGAGGGAGGGAUUUCCUUGUUGUUUUAUGAUUGGAAAUCGGUCUGAUGAGGAAAUAAUGACUAUUUUUUUCAUGAAGAUAAAAGAAAAUUUAGGAAGAGUAAUCAAACCCAUGGUUUUCAUGUCAGACAUGGCCCAAUAUUACUAUAAUGCAUGGCUCCAAAUUAUGACUCCAGCUAAAUUCAGGCUAUUCUGUUCCUGGCACGUAGAUAAAGCGUGGCGGAAAAAUCUAAAUAAAAUUGAUGGUCAAGAGCAAAAGGUUAUCGUAUACAAACAGCUACGUACCUUAUUACAAGAGACCGAUGUUACUUCAUUUAGGGAUAUGAUACAACAUUUUCAAAUUUCUCUUCUAUCUUCUGGUAAUACCCAAGAAUUUGGUCAAUAUUUUCAAAAAUGUUAUCUGCACAAUAUGGAAUCCUGGGCGUACUGUUAUCGCUUGCAUGCAGGAAUAAAUACAAAUAUGAGCAUAGAACGAAUGCAUCAAACGAUUAAAUAUUUGUAUUUAAAUGGAAGACAAGUACGAAGGCUGGAUAAAACUAUCAAUAUCUUGAUUAAAUUAAUUAAAGACAAAUUGUUUGAACGGCUUAUUACGUUGAAUAAAGGUAAAAUAUCCAGCAAAUUACGAGAGUUACGGAAAAGGCACAAAACAAGUCUUAAUUUAGAUAUGGACACCAUUGUCAUGUCUGAAAUGGGCUGGGAGAUACCAUCAAGUUCAACCAAUGAUAUCUAUUUAGUUCAGAAAAACAAACCCAGUUGUGACUGCCGAUUAGUCUGUGAUUUGUGCCAAUCCUGUCUACAUUCAUAUUCCUGUACAUGCUUGGAUAACAGUAUAAGAUGGAAUAUGUGCAAACACAUACAUCUUGUGUGUCAAUUUAUGAAAGGCCAUCAAAUUCAAGAUACUAAUGCAGAUGAAGAACAUAUAAUAAAUACAGAUGAGGUAAAAAUUAAACAAGCUACAGAGCAAGCUAAAUUUGUGGAAUUUGUGAGUAAGUCUUGUAAUAUCAAUCAAGAAAAAACGUCCAAACAACUGGAAGUUGAAAAACAGAAAUUGAUAGAAAUACAAACCCAAAUAAUUCAAAAUAUAACAACUUUUGAACAACUUGAGGCAUUUAAAAGUAUUACAGCACCCUUGGUGCCAUUAAGGACAUUAGCAGAACAUUCUGGAAAUGAAUUUAAUAUUGUGGCACUAUCUCAUGGAACACAAAACAUUCCACACAAUAAAAAAGUAGUUGCUCAAAAACGUUUAUUUUCCACCAAGAAAAAAACUACAAAGUCAAAAAAAAAGCUGUUAUCAAAACCUGAUGCUGAAGAAACAAAUUUGAUAGCAAAUCAAUUAAUGCUACAAGUAAAUAAUGUGCUCUUUAAUUAGAAUAAAAUCUUUAUUUGUAUACAUUAUUAAUUUGUUUGAUUUUCUCACCUAUUCUAAUUCAAUUUUUUUUAAUCCAUAUUGAAAAUAUUGUAGGCAUUAAUACUUUAAAAACAUUUACUAACGUACCUACUCUGAAAGCAAUUUAUGAUAUUAUGUCUCUUGUAACAUUAAUUCGUAAUUUCAUCAGCACCAAUAAUAUUUAUUAAUACAUAAUAUAAUAAUUUCAAAUUCACAAUAAAAAUAAAACAUAACCUUAUAAUAUUAUUGUUUGCAUUUUUAUUUGACAUUUCAAUCGAAUGACCUUGAGAAAGCCAAGGAGCAAAAAUAUUUUAUAAUUUCUAGACGCGAGUGUCAAACGUCACCAAUUAUGUCAAAGUCAGAUGUUGCAAUGUUGGUGAUUUAAUUAAACUGAUUUUUGUGUUUAUUUAGACGCGGAUAAACACAGUAUAGGCACAGAAUAGAAAACAAGCAGAAGGCCCACUCUCAGAUGCCGCCUUUGAUGUUUGCGAGUACGCGCCCGCCAUUUGUAUGGAGGAAAAGCACAGGUUCGGAUUGAGAAAUUUGUGACAAGCUACGACAGAACCGUAAUUUAAAUAUUCAGACGUUAAUUUAGUAAAUUUGAAAUAAUUUCAUGUGUAUUCUUGAAGUAAAAGUAGGACAUGAAAUAUUGCAUAUUAUUAUGUCUAUGGUUGCCGUAAAUAAAUUUAAUUUGAAUCAAUUUUGGUUAAUUUUUCUAUUCCUG